AUGGCUACCGACGGCGUUAUGGAGCGCGAACGUGCGUUGAACACAUUCAGGGAAAAGUUAUUGGAGUCUAGAGAAUGGGAGGCGAAGCUCAAGGCUUUACGGUUAGAAAUUAAGGGAUUGCAGAAGGACUUCGACCAUACAGAGGACAAUAUCAAAGCUCUACAAAGUGUUGGACAAAUUAUCGGCGAGGUUUUGAAACAACUUGAUGAUGAGAGAUUCAUCGUCAAAGCAUCAUCUGGACCCAGAUACGUUGUUGGCUGCAGGUCGAAAGUUGAUAAGCUGAAGUUGAAGCAAGGAACCCGUGUAGCACUCGACAUGACUACUCUCACAAUUAUGCGAAUGUUGCCUCGAGAAGUCGAUCCACUUGUUUAUAACAUGUCUUUGGAAGAUCCAGGACAAGUGAGCUUCGGUGGAAUUGGUGGGUUGAAUGAACAGAUUAGAGAAUUGCGAGAAGUUAUCGAACUGCCACUCAAAAAUCCGGAAUUGUUUUUGCGAGUUGGUAUCAAGCCUCCGAAGGGUGUUUUGUUAUAUGGACCUCCAGGAACUGGAAAGACCUUGUUAGCAAGAGCUGUUGCAAGCAGUUUGGAGACAAACUUUUUAAAGGUUGUCUCAUCUGCUAUCGUCGAUAAGUACAUUGGAGAAUCUGCACGUUUGAUCAGAGAGAUGUUUGGUUAUGCCAAGGAACACGAGCCAUGUAUUAUCUUCAUGGACGAAAUUGAUGCCAUUGGAGGACGUAGAUUUUCGGAGGGAACUUCGGCAGAUCGUGAAAUUCAGAGAACCUUGAUGGAACUGUUGAAUCAACUCGAUGGUUUCGAUUACUUGGGAAAGACAAAGAUUAUCAUGGCUACUAACCGUCCAGAUACCCUUGAUCCUGCGCUUCUCAGAGCUGGUCGUCUCGACAGGAAGAUCGAGAUUCCCCUGCCAAAUGAGGUCGGACGAUUGGAAAUCAUGAAGAUUCAUGCUUCCAGCGUUGUUAUUGAUGGCGAGGUCGACUUUGAAAGUGUGGUAAAGAUGAGUGAUGGUUUGAACGGUGCAGAUUUACGAAAUGUUGUCACAGAAGCUGGUUUAUUUGCUAUCAAGGAUUACAGAGAUGCCGUCAACCAGGAUGAUUUCAAUAAAGCUGUUCGUAAAGUGGCAGAAUCAAAGAAAUUGGAAGGCAAGCUGGAAUAUCAAAAACUAUGA